AUGAAGUCUUUUUCCAGUUCGGUUAUCAAUAAGUCGGGCAAGAAGUUUGCUCCGAAGGCGCCCGCCCGACGCGCCCCAGCUCCCCCUCCACCACGACGGCCCAGUGUUGCGUCGCAGCCGUCUGCGUCCCAGACACCGCAGCCGGCGACCGCGACAGCCACACCUGAGCCAGGCCAUUCUACCACCCCUGUUCAACCUACCGCUGCCGCUGACACGGUCCCCGUCGAAACACCAGCCGCGGCCCUCAAGAAGAAAACUACGCCCUCAUUGUCUGCGACCGCGAUCGCAAUCCCCCAACCGAAGCGGAAGCCUUCUAUCUCAGCAGCGCCUCCCGGGGUCGUACCACCACCUCCCCAACCCACCCCACCCAGUACCGCACCUACCGAACUUGCUUCUCAGUCUUCGAUCAAUGAAUCCUUGGAAACGCGCGCCGAUGGCAGUAGGGACGUCAGCCCAACACACGUGGUGGAGCGUCGUACUGAAGAGGCCGCUGCUCCUCAAAGUCGCGUGCGCCGUCCCGCAGAUGGCGCUAUCGAGAUUCGCCCGACCAAACGUCCCAGGACCAAUUCUGCGGCUCAGACUUCUACCCCACCUCUUACCAUUUCGAUAGAACCUUCAGCGACCCAAGCCCCUCCACUUCCCACGCCCCCCGCUUCUCAAGCCAACGCUAUAGACACUCAAGAACCUUCAGAAAGUCAAACAGAGACAGAGUCGCAGACGCCCGCCCCUACUACGCAACCUCGAAAGGUGGUCAAGGUUCGAAGGAAAUCUGUCAAGGAAGGGAAUGGUGAGAGUGCGACGGCCAAGAAAAAAGAAAGAAAGACUCGUACACGGAGAAGGCGCGAGCCAACUCCUGAAGGUUCUGAGAACGUUGAAAUCGCCCCUGGGCUCAUUAAAAUGUCGGAAUUAUGCAAGGACCUUCGGACCGGAAAACUCUCCAAGAGAGAAACUGAACUUCGCGUCCUCGACCAAGCAGAGCAAGAGCGCAAACAACGUGCACAGCAAGAGGGAGACACUGAGGUUCCAAUGAAGGCCAAUGGAAACGAGCCCACGCCAGCAGUCGAAGGAAACAGCAUGCUUGACAACAAAUCGCAAGCUGGACCGGUGAUGCGAAUUGUCAACGGAGAAAUCGUGCUCGAUACUGCUUCCUUGCAGGUUGACCGUCAUGCGGAUGCAGCACGAAAUGCCGGCGCUCUGGAGGACGUUGUAGAAAACACACUCACUCGAAAGAUCAACCAGUCUACUUACGGGAAACGUUCCAAGACAGAGUCCUGGGACGAGGAAAUGACGGAUCUGUUUUAUCGAGGGUUGCGUAUUUUUGGCACCGACUUCAUGAUGAUCAGCAAACUUUUCCCUGGGAGAAGCAGGCGGCAGAUUAAAUUAAAGUUUAACAACGAGGAGCGCCGCGACCCCUUGCGCAUCAAGGAUACUCUUCUCGGUCCACGAGAGAGUAUUGACAUCAACACCUAUUCCCAAAUGACCAACACGGUGUAUGAUGAUCCUAAAGUCAUACAACAACAACUAGACGAUGAACGGAAACAGAUGGAGGAACAGCAUGCCAAAGAGAAGGAAGCUCAAGAAGAACUGCUUCGCAACCCGGAUGGUGCGGCUGAAGGAUCCGGUCAAAAUGGCGACAUGCCUGCUAAGGUCAAACGACCCAGCCGGAGGCAGGCGAUGAAAGCCAUGGCCGGUGGAACCGAGGAGGUAUUGGGCACGAUCGACGACGUUCCUUGA